UCUCCCAUCUGUCCCUAUCCCCUGAGGGGAGAGUGGAUUUCAGCUUCCUGGCUGUAAUAGUUGGGAACUCCCAAAGCUCUUCUACAUCUCCUGGGAGAUGCCUGAGCAUCUGGAAUAUUCCCUCUUGCUGGUCUGUGAAAGCAUCAUUACAAGACCAAACCCUUGAAGCCAGCUUUCCUUCACCCGGAGAGUGUCACAGGGCAGGGCCAGCCACACAGCAGCUACACUUGAAUGUGAAAAGGACCUGCUCAGAGCGAAGCCUUUCAGAGCUAACUAACUUCAACUGCCAUUGGAACUGCAGGAAAACUCAUUCAGGUUUGAUGACACCCUGAGCUGCAGCAUAUUGACAUCUCAGCAUGUUAGCUUUAAAUGCCACUUCGACUUGGCCCACGUUUUCUUUCAUUGGUAUUCCUGGUUUGGAGGCUGCUCAUAUGUGGAUCUCCAUCCCCUUCUGUCUGCUGUAUCUGGUGGCUCUAGCGGGUAAUAUUCUUCUCCUCAUGCUAGUUCGAGCAGAACAGAAUCUUCAUGAGCCCCAGUUUUAUUUUCUGGCCAUUUUAGCUCUGACUGAUCUAGGCCUCUCCUUGUCUACAAUGCCUAGCGUCUUGGCUAUAUUCUGGUUUGAUGUCCACCACGUUGGCCUGAAUGCCUGCCUGGCUCAAAUGUUCUUUAUUCACACUCUGUCCUCAGUUGAAUCAGGCGUCUUGGUGGCCAUGGCUUUUGACCGAUUGGUAGCCAUCUGUGCUCCACUCAGCUAUACCAGAAUCCUAACCCGCUACACUGUUGCCUGUCUGAGUGGAGCUGCUCUCCUUCGAGGUGCUACUCUCCUGGCUCCUCUACCAUUUUUCCUCAGAACAUUUCCUUUCUGUGGGACCAACGUCCUCUCUCAUUCUUACUGCUACUACCCUGAUAUGUUGAACCUGGCCUGUGGGGACGUCACCUUUAGCAGCAUCUAUGGAUUGAUCUGUGUGCUUUGCACAUUUGCAGUGGAUGCUCUCUUCAUUCUAGCUUCCUACAUGAAGAUCUUGGGCACUGUUAUGAAACUAGGAAUCCAAGACAGAAACUGGAAGUCACUGCACACUUGUGCCUGUCACCUGUGCACAGUGCUCGUGUUUUACCUGCCCCUCAUCAGUCUUGCUGUGCUGCAUCGUUACACCCAGGAGACUUCUCCAAUUCUGUAUACAAGCAUGAGCAAUGCAUACCUCCUCAUGACACCACUGCUAAACCCUCUGGUCUACAGCCUCAAGUCCCGGCAGAUCCAGACUGCUCUGCGCAAGCGAUUUGGGGUGCAACGGGUUGUUGCUGGGGAGUGAGAUUUUCUCUGUAUAAUAGGUUGCAAUCCACUCAAGAGGGACAUGGGAUUUCUGUGAUUUACCAAGUUACUGUUCUAGAAAUGGUGCAUUCAAGGGGAAAAUACACUCAGGUCUUAUGCUCAAGAAAUAAGCAAUCUAAGAGGAAGGCAGAAUGCUUACAUAAGUCAUCCCGUGAUCAUAAAUGCUGGUUGGUUGAAGUGAAGAAAUGGUGAACUCAAGCUCUAUGUUUCUGACAUACAA